AUUUGCUGUUAAAAGUUUAGGAACCGAGCAUGUCUGCAUGGCCAACGGUUAGUUUGAAGAAAGUUCUCACCGAAAACAAUGUGGACCAAAUGGAGUUAACGAAGCUGCCGCCUCAUGAUGGACCUGUGUUAUCAGUGGUUGACAUGCACACUGGAGGAGAACCAUUGCGCAUCAUUCUUAGUGGAUAUCCAGAAGUAAAUGGGGACACAGUCCUCGCCAAGAGACGCUAUGUCCAGGACCACCUCGACCAUCUUCGUAAAGUGUUAAUGUUUGAGCCUCGUGGUCACUAUGACAUGUACGGAGCCCUACUGGUAAAAAGUGAGAUACCAGAAGCAGAUCUCGGAGUUCUGUUCAUGCACAAUGAGGGAUACAGCACCAUGUGUGGCCAUGCUAUAAUUGCUCUUGGCCGCUUUGCCAUAGACUACAGCUUGGUGAAGAACCUGACUUCUCCUGAGACCCAAAUUAACAUCCACUGUCCAUGUGGCUUGGUGAAGGCUUUUGUGGAGUAUAGCAACGGUAAAACAGGAGCAGUGAGAUUUCACAGCGUCCCAGCUUUUGUUUUCGCCACAGAUGUGAAAGUCACUGUAUCAGGAUAUGGUGAAAUCACAGUAGACAUCAGUUACGGGGGAGCUCUCUAUGCUUUCGUCAGUGCUGAGAGAUUUGGACUGGACGUGAAGACAUCCAGAACCAGAGAUCUAGUAGAUGCGGCCACUGCUGUAACGAAUGCAGUCAAAUCUCAGGUAAAGCUCCAUCAUCCUGUGAGUGAAGACCUGGCAUUCCUGUAUGGUACCAUCCUCACUGAUGGCAAAGAUGCUUUUUCUGAUGAGCCUACAUCCAACGUGUGUGUAUUUGCAGAUGCUCAGGUGGACAGGAGUCCCACAGGCUCAGGAGUGACAGCCCGCAUUGCUUUGCAGUACCAUAAAGGUCUGAUUCAGCUGCACCAGACCAGGAGCUUCAGAAGUGGAACCACAGGAACUACGUUUACAGGCAAAGCAGUACAGGAGACCACAUGUGGAGAAUUCAAGUCUGUGGUGGUGGAGGUUGCAGGUCAUGCUUACUAUAGUGGCAUAGCCAGCUUUACUCUGGAAAAUGAAGACACCCUUAAGAAUGGCUUUUUGCUCAGAUAAGUCUGUCCCAAAAAAAAAUAUGUAUACAUGA